AUGUCUUCCAUAUCUGAGAUGACCACUAGAAGUGUGGUCCAUAAACUGAAUCAGAAGGGAGAUCUAAUUCCUCUUGACAGCCUCACUGACGUGAAUGGAUUCCACUGUUGUCCUCUCGUGUGCAAAAGAGAGCGCUUUUUCCCUUUCUUUAAACCUCGGUACUGGAAGACAGAGUUUACUGUGGAUGACCUUCUGGAGGCCUCUGAUGAGCUGGAUUGUGUCUCCACCGAGGUGAAAGAGAAAAAGAAUUAUAGGACUGAGGACAAUGUGAAAGUGAAGAUGAAGAUGAAUAUUACAUUAAAUAUACCCCAAGUCACAUCCUUAGAUGAGGAAGCUGAGUUCUCUACAGUAUGUGACUUCAAGUUAAAGUCCUUUGAGAUCUCCCAGGAAGGGAAGGAGUUUUUGUCCCAUUGGAAGCUGAAGAAAGAGCAGCCUUCUCUACUGGAGACAUUAAAGAAAGCAGGAGAAAAUCUGUAUAUGGUGAUAGAAACUGUGGAGCUGUCAGAGGAACAAAAAGUACUAAGAAAAUAUUUAAUGGACACUUUGUUCCAGUGCCUGAUGGGGAGAAUACAGGGACAUAUCAAUCUCAACAGCACUGUCACCAUCCCUUCUGGGAGUGCUCUUGCCUUCAAAUUAAACCUGCUGGUCUUUGAUGAGAAGUGCUGUACUAAGGGUGGGGCAGGAAGUCAGAUCAAUACCUCGCCCAAAACCCCUGGGGUGGUUCUCCUUGGAGACCCCAACUCCAGCAAGAGAUGGCAGACUAAGGAGCCCUCCCAGCCCCUGGAGAACUGCGGUGGUCUGCAGGAGAAGGACUUGAAUUGGGAGCUUCGAGACCUGACAGAAAGGGAGUGGAAGGAUGUGCUGGACUUGCUUAGGGGGUGUCUGCAGGAUGGGGCACUGGGGGAAGUAGAGGAAAAGGUGAGAAGCCCCCCUCCCAUUCCCUGCCCAACCCUGAGCAUCCUGUUUAAUGACUGUGAGAGCUUCAUGAUGCGAAGGGGUGAUGCCAUACUGUAUUUACUUGAGGCACUGGCAGAACUAAAAGAGUUGCAACAGAAGCUGUUGGUUGUGAUUGCGGAAGAGGGGCUCUCAUCUGAGCCAAUGGAGUUGGUGGAGGACAUCCUAAUGCAGACCUCCAAGAGUGGGCCAGGAUCAUUUUCUUUGAAGGCCGACUCGGUCACCCAUACCCUUGUGAGAAUGUGUGACCCAGAGUACAAGCUAGACCUCAGUGUCACCUGGAACUCAGAGACAUAUCAGUCUCUCUGUGCCCUCUACACAGCCCUUUCUGUCCUGCUUCUAUUAGCUCAAAGUUCCAGUUCUGUGCUCUGA